CGUAUUAUUCCAUCUCCUCUGUAACCGUACACGUAUUCGUAUUCCCCCCCUUCCCUCCGAUCUCCUCCAUCUCUCCAACUCCAGUUCUCCACCCACCGAUAACUCGUGUAACUCGUCCGCUCACUCACGCUCUCACUCAUUCACAAGCCCCUUUCUCUCUCUCUCUUCCUUCUCUCUGUUGUGACCUUGAAAUGGAUUUGAAAGCCGCUGUGUUCGAAGACUUGUGAAGAAGACAGAGAAGCGCCCUCUCCCCAUCCCAAAUCCUCCCCUUUCCACAACUCGCCCAACUGCGACUUCCCCUCUCGCCGCCACCAUUCCUACUUAAGAACCACUGUAGCACCGCGGCUCACUUGGAGCAAAGUUGGAUCGCUCCGCUCUCCUGUUCGGAUCCGGCGUACUUCUACUGCUGCUUCUCAAAUUGUCUCAGCCAGAUCCUCUCGUAUUCCUUCUGCGAAUGGAGUUGUGACUACUGCGGCGGGCGUGCACGAGCUGUAGGUAAAGCUUUGCGAAUGCUGCGUCUUUUUCCCCCCUAUUGCCUGUCUGGUUGGUGAUGAGAGAAAGUGAACCUUGUUUAAGGAGUAUAUAUAUAUAUAGCUGUGAAAUGCCAGUGAGAUUCAGGUGAAAAUGAGUGGGUUUUGCUUUGAGCAUAUUCGUCUGGCCUCGGCGGGGUUACGAUCUUGAAAUUUGCAGUGAUGGAUUUGCGUCUUGGGAAUGCUUUUGGGGUGUGCGGUUAGAUCCAAGAUACUGUUUGGUGAUUUCUCUGGAAUCUUACUGUACAUCAGAGUGACUCGCUGGAUGUUUGCCCCCUUCGAAUUUGUGCUUUCUUUCUGGAAUCUAAUGGAUUAUAUUCUGGCUAUUGGAAGAUGAUUUGACUGGGUGGAGUUCACGGUUUUUCUUUAAGCGUCUAAGUUAUGCUAGGUAACGGUAUUUGGAACUCCCAUUGUUAUCCUUUUAUCUAGUUUCUUCGGGCGCUAACAAGAAUCCUUGAAAUUUGUUCUUGGCGAGCUGUGUCUGCCAAGAAAUUAUCAACCUUUUGGAGGGUUGUUGUUUGUUUUAUUCUGCUUGUUGGCUUCACGGUUUUAGGGUGCUGAUUGAUUCCCCAUUGCUAAAUAUAUUUUGCCGACUUUCUGUGUGAUGGAUGGAUUCCUUUCAUACAAAGAAGUAUGGGGUUUUCAAGACUUGUCUUGUUUGAUCAGCCAAACUGCUCGAAAAAAAUGAUACAUUGUAGAUGACAUUCACGGGUAACUAGUUUAAGGUCACUUUUCAUGAUGUAGUGGAUAAAUUCAUCUAUUUUCCCAUGCAGUCUUUGUCUUUUGCUUGCGUUGGGCAAUCUCCAGUCCUGUGUAUGAUUCAAAAUCUUGGUCCUUGCAGAGUGUGAUGGAUAUGGACGGAGUUCUGCUCACUGAUGAGUUUGAGAUGAACCAUCAAAAUGGUGGCCAUGAGCACAAUGCUGUCUCUGGGGGGGAUGAUGUUUUCUAUAGCAACAUGAAUGGAGCUACAUUCGAUCACGGUGUUGAGACCGUUGAAGGCUCUAAUGUAACUGCUGAAGACCAUGACUUGGCUGUUGCCAAGGAAGGAGAGGGAGUGAAAGACGCAGACUAUUCAGAGAAAGCACAAUUGGUGCAAGUUCCAGGAAAGAGCAAGAAUGAGAAGCUUUCGAACCCCAGAAAAGCAUCAGGGGCACAGCUGCUAAAGGGCAAAGACUUCAAAGGUGUGGCACCCCCUACUGUUGCUAAUGGUACUGCGAUUCAGAAUUCACGAGCAAAAUUGCCCUCUAAGGCUAAAUCCUUCAGCGAGAAGCAGGCCCAGGCCACAAAGCUAUCUGGAAAGUCUGAAGCGGCAUCAUCUGAAUCCCUCAUAAAGAAGACAACAUUGAAACCGUUGAAGAAAGCACCCAUGGCUGAAGCUGAUGGAGAUAGGCAAUCUUCUUCUCCCACUGGAAGUGAUGGUAAACCUCGUAAGACUGGAGCACUUCCAAACUAUGGCUUUAGCUUCAAGUGUGAUGAGCGGGCGGAGAAAAGGAGGGAGUUCUACACCAAACUUGAGGAGAAGAUCCAUGCGAAAGAAGAAGAAAAGAAUAACAUGCAGGCCAAGUCUAAGGAAAGCCAAGAAGCCGAACUCAGGCGGCUGAGGAAGAGUUUGACCUUUAAGGCAACACCAAUGCCUACCUUCUAUCAGGAGCCUCCCCCAGAAAGGACGGAGUUGAAGAAGAUACCCACAACAAGACCCAAAUCUCCCAAAUUAGGUAGAAGGAAGAGCUCAUCACUUGCAGAUGCUGAUGGAAAUAACAUGGAGGCAAGUGGAGUAGCAUUAGGCCGACUAAGUUUGAAUGCCAAAGUCUCUCAGAAUACUCCUACACCAAAAGAGGUAGCCCCUGCCCUUUCUAAAAAGCCACUCCGGAAGUCACUCCCCAGGCUUCCAUCUCAGACGACCAAACUGACCAAAACCAACGGGAAAACUGGAGGUGAAACCAAAGCAACAAACGACAACGUGAAACUCCCAUCGUCGUCAGCUGAGCAGGAAGCUAAUGAAGUCGUCGGUCCUCCGAGAGCUAAGGUUAGUGAAAUCGAGCCAGAUGAAGGGCAAGAAUUGAUGAUGGCUGGAGGAGAGCAAGCACAACUCUCUGUUGCGGAGCAGUGAAGAAAUAUCGAAACCAGGAAAUUAGAGUGUCAGAAGCCGACAUGGGAGAAAUGUGAGCUUGGAUCAAUGUGAGUAAAUAAAGGAAGGAAUGAAUGGAAUGAUUUCAGAAAAAACAGUGAAGGUCGUCCUGAAAAAGAUUUGUGCUUUGCCGAGAUUGUGAGACGUCUGUGUAUGUCCAUAGCACAGCGGUUGGGUUGCCUUAUUAUUGUGUGGCUUUGCUUUCAAGGUUGCUGGUGUUCUAUCUCGUAAGGAUUCUGCACUGUGCUUGAUGUUGAAGCUCUUGUUUUGUCAUCUUUUCUUGCAUAGUUCUAUCCUAAUCUAUCUCGCUAAGCAAUGCGUAAAGAAGAGAGAAGACGGAGAAGAAAAAGCUUGCUUGCUUACUGAAUUUUUUGGGGACAAUUUUGGUCUUAUUUUAGGAAUUCUGUUGGACAGAUUUGGAUGUUAUUAAGUUCUCUUAUUUGUUGUUUGAAGUUUGGAUACUGCCUCCUACUAUUCUAUCUGUUUCCUUUUUCUUGCAUGGAAUGUUCGGGUUUGAAUUAAACGGGGAAAGGAUCUGAGUUAUUUAUUUAUUUCCGUAGAUAUUUCAAAGAGUUGGCAGGUGGAAUCAUCGAUGAGAGAGUCUAUGUUGUUGCUGUGAAUUGUGAUCCAUGUAGCAUUGCUUCACUUACUAUGAAAAAUGCACAAAGCCUUGCAUUUUGGGAUACGUCGACUUAAUGGAUGAGAUGAAUCUUUUUGUCUGAUAUUUUGAUUAAGAAGCUAGGCUAGGCAUUUUAAAAAAUCGUGUUUGUCAUAAGUGAGACAUCACAUUGUUGCAUGACAAGUACUAAGAGCUUUACAUCUAGAUCAUAUGCGAGCCCCUCGUAACUUUGAACAAAAACAGGAACGAGAGAGCGAUCACGAGAGCGAUCAUCAGCAUGAAAAGUUUGAGUUUGUUUCGUGUGUUGAUUUAUACACGUUUAAAUAACAAAGGGAGGAAAUACUAUAUAUCAAGUACUCCAUUACAUGAAUUGUAAAUAAAUAAAUAACAACAGUUAAUCCGUGGCCAACUUCUAAAACGGCCAACAGUUAACAUGUAACUAACCUUUUGUUUAAAUAAAUACUUACACUUUUUCGUAAAAUACUUUUUAUGUGUAUUUUAGUAAUAUACUUACAUAAUGUAA